AUGGAUACAUCGCCUGCAGCUGCGUUGAUAUAUCUAAAUCAGUCACGGCCGACGGCCAUAUUGUCUGCGGAUUUGACGAAUACGGACAGUACUGCCGGUGUUCAUAAUCUUGAUGCGCAGUCGCUGGUUAAUGUGUCGGUAGCUACCAGUAUCGGUCAUGCUACUCAUGCUACUGGAGCUACCGACGUAAUCGUAUCAUCUUCACCUCAGUCACUUCGUUCUUUACAAGAACAACGGGUCACACAGGACAGCGAUGGGGUGCUACGAGGUCCCGCGGAGGAGACGCUAGUCGAGCUUUACUACGAAAACUUCCAUCGCUCCCAUCCUAUAUUAUUUCCCAAAAGGGUCUAUGAUAGCGGUCGGCGAUAUCCAAGUUACUUGAAUGCCGUGGUUCAGUACAUCGGUAGCCAUUAUUCCGUCAUUUCCGCAGCACCGCUCAGAGAACUCGCUGCGACCGAGCUUGCUCGAACUAUUGGCAGUGAGAAUUCGCCACAAAUUGUUCAAGCUAGAUUGCUCUAUGCAAUUGUGUUACAUGGAAAUGGCGAGAUAAAAGAGGCUCGCACCCGGCUUCAUGAGGCUAUAGACAUGGCCCUUGCAAUGGGCAUGAAUAAAAAGGAAUUCUCUAACUUUUAUUCUAGACAAGGAAACGAUUUGGACGCAGAGAGCAUGAGACGAACCUGGUGGGAACUAUACGUUCUUGACGGUUACCUGACAGCUAUUGAUCCAAAAGGCCCAUCCAGCUUCCGCAUGAAUUCGAUUAGUAAUGAUGUUGAAAUGCCUUGCGAAGAAAGCAUAUAUGCAGAGGGUAGAGCGCCAAUGCCCCAUCCUUCAUCGCGCCAAGAACUUGAAGCACGUAUCUUUGGAGAGGUAGACUCAGAAGACACGACCGAUCUCUCUUCAUUCACAUAUCGUGUCGAUGCAAUUGAUCUUAUUGCUCGGGUUCUCGCUGUUAGAGACCCAAAUCGUGCACAUCGUGAUAAAGCGCAGGCAGUUGACAACACUCUCGCUAGCUGGGCGCACUAUCUGCCGUCCAACAAGACCGAUAUUGUUAAUGCAUACGGCGAGAUUGAUGAAAUGUUACUGCAGGCGCACAUGAUGGUACAAUUUGCCGCAAUAUUGCUUCACUUCCCACGCAGUAACUUGAUCCUUGACUUUUGUGCUGACCCUGAAGCAAAUGACACUUCUUGUGUUGACAACCUUCUCUGCGGUCCGAUCUCGCAUAAACUGCCGCCAUCAUCCACACGACAUAUUCAUGGCAUAAAGGCCACAGAGGCCUCUAAACGGCUCUCAAAUCUGUUUUCUAUAUGUACUUCGAUGCAAAAGCACAGUCCUCUCUUCAUGUUUGGUUUAUCCCUCUGCGGCGUUGUACAGUGCUCGACUUUCAUCGCUCAUGUCCGAUUCGACGGUGCCGGUAAAUGUCUGGAACAACAUCGCGACCGAGUCCGACUAUUGAACGGUCUCUUGAGGUCUGCUAGCGAGACUUGGCCUCUGUCAAAGGUUAUUCACCAGAAACUGCGAAGAGUUGCUGCAAUUCUGUUCCAGAUCAGAUCGGUCGCUACCUCGAUGUCUUCGGCACCACCGGUGACAGCUACCCAGCAAGAUGAGGACGGGGCAUCAUCCGCUGCAUAUAAUCCUGCUGUAGGGUUCGUGUCACAACCUAAUGAUUUUGCGUUUCAAUUGGAUAAUGCAUGGAUGUCGAUUGAUGGGCAGUUCGGUUCGCCGGAGUUAGCGCCCUGGGUAUGGGGAUAG